AUGUCCUACAUGAAAGCAGCUGUGGUUCACGCCCCCGGCAGUCCAGAAGUGCUCCAACUCCAAGAAAUCCCAAUUCCCGUACCGCAGGAUGGCCAGGCACUCAUUCGUAUCCGGGCUUUUGGUUUGAACCGAUCCGAACUUUUUACCCGUCAGGGUCACUCUAUCAGCGUCCAAUUCCCCCGCGUUUUAGGCAUUGAAGCCGUCGGGACGGUAGUGUCAUCGCCAGGUAGAGAGUCCCUGGAAGGCGAAACUGUCGCAACCGCCAUGGGAGGUCUUGGCAGGGCUUUCGAUGGUGGAUACGCGCAAUACACCUGCGUGCCAGUGGGCAGUGUUCAGGUUAUCGGCCCUGAUGUCGCUGACGGGCUCGAUUGGGCCACGCUCGGCGCAAUGCCAGAGAUGUUACAAACCGCGUGGGGCUCACUGUUCAAGGCGCUAAGGCUAAGCUCAGGCGACAAACUGCUGAUUCGCGGCGGCACAACUAGUGUCGGCCUCGCUGCCGCUUCUCUCGCCGCCGGUUACGGAGCAACAGUUGUAGCAAUAACUCGAAGAACCAGCACAGCCGUUGCUGACCUUUUAACACAAUUUGGCGCAGAGCAGGUUGUGGUGGAUACUGGAAACAUUUUAGGCGAUGUGUUGGAGAUCUGGCCCGAGGGCGCCGACAAGGUAUUGGAGCUAGUUGGCACCAAGACCCUAGAUGACUCUUUAGCUUGCGCAAAGACAGGAGGCACUGUCUGCAUGUCUGGGAUAGUAGGUAAUGAGUGGACAUUAAGCGACUGGAACCUAAUGGAGUCAAUCCCCCUGGGCGUAUGCCUUACCUCCUAUAGUGGAGGACAAGCUGAAUUUUUGGAAACGCCGUUGAGCGAUUUGGCACAGCAGGUUAAAAGUGGGAAGCUCAAGUUGCCGAUCAGCAAGACUUUUGAUUUAGAUAAUAUCGUUGAGGCACAUAGAUUCAUGGAGGGCAAUCAAGCUUUGGGUAAGAUCGUGGUUCUGGUUUAG